GUGGCUCCAGUUGGAGGGCGGCCUUUGUCACGGCAGCGUCCGUGUGUGGGCACCUCUCCCUCACUAUCUUCACCACUAUCACUAAACUAUCCAAAGUGUUUCAGAAGCGAUGAGUGACUCCGUGCUGUAAAUGGAAGACAUAGUGGCAGUUUCUCGUUAGUGUCGUGUACUUAGUGGCGGCAGAGAGGGAGGUCUGGGGAAGGGGGGGAAAGCACCUGGGGGUAAUGAUUACCCCGGAGGGAGUACCAGGAUGUAGGUGGUGGUUGUGGCGGCUACCUCACGUCCGGCGCUAGCCUGCACUCCGCCCCCCUCAACUGCUCCGUCAACACCCCCAUGAAGCACCGUCAACACCCCUGCACCACCUACCACACCUUAUCUGGUUGGUGUGCUCCAGCCCGCCGCCAGUGUCACGGUGCUUCAUCAUACGGCAUGAUGCACUCUAAAAGUGUCUCGGGCCUCCUCUAUUACUUAAAUACUAUUAAAGUAUCUGGCGGGGCCUCGCGGUGAACGAACCCACCACGUGUUGGCUGUUUGAUGAUUAACGUUACAUUUCGGGUGGAGUGACGGGUUGUGAAGACGGGCGGUGUGCAUCACUCGGUACAUGUGGGUUGAUGCCCUGGCGGGACAGGUCGAGUAUUAUUACUGUAGUGGCAGUGCGGAUGCCGUGUUCAUAUACAUUUUUAUGCGCGCUGUUCUUUUGUUAUUUGGAGCAUAUUCAUUCGCUUUAUACAAGUUAUUUUUAAAUCGCAUUCCUUGAAGUCUGUCAGUAUGGAUGAGAAUUGAGGUAUCGUGUACAUUACAACCACCUGGUGGCAUAGAGUACGAGAUCAACAAUUUCAUUUGUAGAAAAGUACUUUUGAAGAGUAGUGAAGACGAGUGUGUAGCGACGUGUAGCAUCCGUGACUUGGCUGCCACCCACUCCCUCCACCAGCCUGCUCUCAUCCCCUUGUGGCCUUGCUACCUCGCCCGCCCUCCUCCCUGCUUGCUUCUCACAACUGUGUCGUCUUUGUCUACAACUCGAUAGUUAUGAGGCAGGCGUUGUGCGGAGCCUGCAUAUGCUGCUGCAGGGUUAAGAUGCCAGAGACACUUGUCAGUGAGCUUAGCCACAUCCUUUCUAGUUUCCUGUGGAGGAUAAAGCAGAGUUGACAGUUAGGGUGAUGAUCAGAGUUAGAGGUGGAGUGAGGAGUCUGGCUGGAUGCCCAGUCGAUGCCAGUGCUGGCUGUGUGCCUGAUCACCAUCAGGCCUCCCCGCCACCACCACCUGAUUGGGCCGGGCCGCCGCCGCCACCACCAGCAUCAGCAGUUUGUGGAGGCAGCAGUCCUGUCGGGUAGUGAGUGGGGCGCGGCCGUGUGGCAGGCGCGCUCUUCCCCCGGUGAUCAUGUGAUUAUCCGGCCCACCGCCAGCCUGGCCUUCGUCAUACCCGCACUAGCAGUUGCCACUCAUGACCACUUCAACACCACGCCCACUCUGACGCGGCUCCCACUUGUGUAAUACCACAGUCACCUUAGUGCCAGACAGCGGCUAAAGAUCAGCGUGUGUACAUGUUGUGUCAUAGAACAUGGUGUGUAGGGGCAGGUGAAGUGAGGUGAUUUGGGUAGUUAUCGUGGUGUGGUUAUGGGCAGGCAGGGCACGGCCGACCUGCCCUGGUGGAGUCCCGGCGUCAUGUUGCCUCCUGAUCAGGGUCGUCACCACCAUGCCCGGGAACCCGUCAGGGAGCUGCCUCCCGACAACCCCCAGUCCCGGCGAGAGCGGCAGGAACUGCGUCGCCGCAGGACACGUAAAGAACGAAAACGGUUUCCGAUUCAGGAGUGUAGUGGGGGAGGGGAGAGGUGGGAGGAUUGGCUGGUGCCCGGGUGGGUGCUGGAGACGGUGCGGUUCGUGUGGCAGUGGACCCUUAACGUCGGAGUGGUUAUGUUGACGCGUCUUGUUAGUGUAUUCUGGAAGAGUUUGAGUGGCAGGGAGGAGUCGUGGGCGGCCUCAGCGAGCGGGAGCAGUGAGCGUGACUCAAAUGAGUCAGAUUUUGGUGAGGCGCUCAGUGUGUGCGCCACCAGAGACUCGUCCGGGCCUCACGCAUCCCCCUGCGGCACGCCGCCGCCGCUGCUGUUCCCACCAGACCCGCCACACCGGUCACACCUGUGUCCGCAAUACCUGGACGGCAUCCCCGGCCACACAGACACCACUGUUAGUGUAGGCGCUACACAGCCGCGUCGUGUGCCUCGUGCCUCCAUGAUCCAUCCCAAAAGUGACCCCCUGCAGGCUGAGAACUCUUGCGCCCACUGCACCUCCCAACGCCGUGACGUGCCCGAGGGAGAUCAUGGCCACAUCCCACUGGCGUGUCCGGAGUGUCAGGCCGCACCGCAGGACAACACUGGUAAAGAAACAUCGAGGCAGAAUGCUUCCAGUCCCAUUCUGGAGGCCGUGCGAGGCUUCACAUCCCUGCAGGAGGAAAUGAUGAGUGCCAUCCGGGAUGCCAAGAAGACCUCGACUUCCCUGGCCCUGGAGCGGCAGGACAGUACUUCGUCUGUUGCUAGUGGUGGCUCCUUAGGCUCGCUGGCCUCGCUGGAUGUGUUCCUCUCUGGGUGCCCGCACGACUCCUCUGUUAGUUCUGUGGUCAGCUCUAUAUCACCCAGCCCUCAGCCCACCCACAGCCCUCUACGAUCUCCCAGCCCUUCAUCCAUCCAGGACUUGCCCACGUUGGUGCCACAGGAGGCGCAACCCGUGGGCACAGGCGAGUAUUUAAGGGGCGGGGACUUCGACCAGUGCUUGGAGGAUGACAUUGAGGCGUCGUUGGCCCACUUGGAGCACCACUCCAACUCUGACACCGAUACUGAGGUGGACGACCUGCAGCAGGUAGACUACAGCGAGGGUGACAGUGCCGUCAGGGGCAGUCUGGUGCUGGACCUCACGCGUCGAUACUGGUCAGCCAAUGCAAGUUUUCCGCAGGAGCUGACCCCGCCCACCACGGGCCAGGAAGACCCGCUCCCGCCCCCUGAUCUGCCGUGCGACCCGGAGGUUCAGUUACAGAGUGAAGAGGUCAUCAGAGCUAUACUGGACCUGACCCGGGGCUCCAGGCAGGAGGUUGACCCCACGUGCCCCGAGGGCAGCCCAGGGCCCACUGACGUACACCUACAGUGCUGUGCUUCCACACCGCCGCCGCAGGCCUCCCGUGACCCUGCGUCGCCCCAGAGGCAAGACCUUACUGAAGGUGAUGCUGCUCGGCCACGAGAUGAGGACUGUGGGGGCGUCUCGGGCAAGGUUAACAGCGGGGUGGGUGACGGAGGAGAGAGGACACACGAGGCAGGAAGGCCCCUAGAGGUGGCCAGCGGCCAGGACACGGCAACACCGCAUCCUGAUAUUGGCCUCGGUCAGGAGAGGUCAUGCAGGCGCGGGGAAGGCGGCCCGCCUCACGCCCACCUCUACACCUCAGAUGCAGCGGCCACCAGCAGGAGUGUAGGGGAGGAGGAGUGUAGUGGGGGCGAGUGGGGCGUGAGUGUGAGGAGUGAGGCGAGAGACCCACCAGCUGGGCAGCCAGGCCACCAGGGUGAUGUGGCUGCUCCACCGGGGAAACUCCCACAUCACUUUCUCCACCCACCCUCUUACUCCCUCCCCUCGCCUCCCUCUUAUCCCCCUCCCUCACCACCCUCUUCCUCUCUCUCUCAUUCCCCUCCCUCAUCGCCCUCUCAAUCUCCUCCAUCCUACCCCCCUCCAUCACCACCCUCACUCUCACCCACUUCGCUCCCGCCCACACCACCCCCUUAUCCCCCGCCCGCUGAAUCACCACCCACUCUCCCGCCUUCUUCGCCUCCAAUUUCCCCAGCACCAUGGCCUCUCACCCACCCGCCCUGCUCGCCAGCAGGGGCGGCGCAGCAGGAGGAGCCGGCGGCGCUGCCUGUGCUGGACAUUACCAGUCUCAGGAAGGAGAUCACCGCCAUCAAGGCAGAGAUCCUCACCCGUAAGGGCAAGAAGACCCAUCACAUCGUCGACUCCGAGGAGCGCUGCUUCGUCUCGUCCUGCGAGGACAUCACCAACCUCAGGGACGAGAUCCUGUCUCUGAAGCAGGAUUUCUACACCCUUCUCGACGAAAACGCCCCCGUAAGCAAGGAUGUGUGUAAAAAACGCAAGUCUCAUUACCAGUCAAAGAAGCACCACGAGCACCUGUAUAGCCAGAGAGCGCCUCUCCUCAAGCACCAGCUCAAGUCCGUCAGCAUCGACAAUGUAGAGGAGCUGAAGAAAAAUUAUGCUAAAGAUGACGCGGCUUCAUCGUUCUUGAGAAAGGGUAAGGGAAAGAAAUAUACUGGCGGGAGCAUGACGAUGAGCAUGGUGCUGGACCUGGCCGAGGACUGCGGUCACACCAGCAACACCACCUCCAGCCAUGCAUUUUUCACUACACCGCACAUCAGCACAGAGUCCUUCCAGUCCGCCGUCAGCGACCUGUCAGCAGUCAGGGUGUCUAACCCACCAGACUCCGCCACUGCUCUUCAGCUUCCCACUGAAGCGUACCUCCCUGACACGGACGUCCCCAAUAAACUCCUCGACACGCAAUUCCUCGACAGGCUCCUCCUCGACCCAGUCUUGCCCGACACGCUUCUCCUCGACCCAGUCUUGCCCGACACGCUUCUCCUCGACACGCACUUCUCUGAUGCCCAAUUCCAUGUGGGCGGCCACACCCAGCAUGACACAAAGGAAUCACUACCAAGCGCUUGGACUGUUCACAGUAGCGAGUUGUUAGUACCCGCAGUGAAGGAUAGCGGGGGAAGCGUUAGCUGUGUUGUGUUGCCUAGUGAUGUAAUCACCAUGAGUAGUGAUGGUGAGAGUGAUAGUGGAGAAGAUAGCCACAGUGAUACGUGUGAGGAUAAUCAAGGAGUAAUCGCGCGCCCCACCAGUAUCGAGAGGAUUUUAUAUGGGAUUGACCCGUCGCCCUACAAGGUCAAAAGAACCGACAUCCGGGACCGAGAGCUGGAGGAGGAGGAGAGGGAGGAGGUGCUGGGCUCCGACGACGAGGAGCAGGAAGACCCCUUCGACUACUGCAAAGGUGGCUAUCAUCCUGUGAAGAUAGGUGACCUAUUCUACAAUAGAUAUCAUGUGAUCCGUAAGCUAGGCUGGGGUCACUUCUCCACUGUCUGGCUCUGUUGGGAUCUUCAAGCCAAGAGGUUUGUAGCACUCAAGGUAGUGAAGAGUGCCUCCCACUAUACAGAGACGGCCCUAGAUGAAAUUAAAUUACUAAAAUGUGUUCGAGAAUCUGAUGAGAAUGAUCCUAAGAGAGAUAAAACGGUUCAAUUAUUAGAUGACUUCAAGAUCAGCGGGGUGAAUGGAACGCAUGUAUGUAUGGUAUUUGAGGUGCUGGGACACAACCUUCUUAAGUUUAUCAUCCGCUCCAACUACCAAGGGAUUCCCCUUGCCAACGUUAAGAAUAUUAUACGUCAGGUGCUGGAAGCAUUGGACUACCUGCAUACAAAAUGUCAGAUCAUCCACACUGAUAUUAAACCUGAGAACAUACUCAUGUGUGUAGACGAGACCUAUAUCCGAAAACUUGCGUAUGAAGCGACACAGUGGCAGAAGAUGGGACUUAAACUUCCAGGUUCUUUAGUGAGCACAGCACCAAAGCAUUACUCCCAGCCAGAUCCUAAUGCCAAGAUGUCAAAAAAUAAGAAGAAAAAGUUGAAGAAAAAGCAGAAGGCAAAGCAAGCACUUCUUGAAACCCAAAUGAAGGAAUUGGAGGAAAUGGAGGAGAAGGAGGCACGGCAAGCCCUAGAGGCGUGUGACAUAGCAACAGCUAACACAUCAGUGCUAAGUAAUGACUCAAGCAUAGAGGAGUCUUGCAUGACACCGCAAACUAACGGGCAGCAACUAGAAAAGCAGAAGAGUAUUGAGGAGGUGCCUUUGAAGCUUCAAGACCAACAACUACCACAGCUUCAGGAACCAGAGUUAACACCCACCCAGCCACAUCCUCCGCUUAUACCUCAUCCACAGCCUUGCCUCAUCACUCCUAAUCUUACCUUAGAAGAAGAAGCUCAGCAAAAACUUGAACACCGCAAGAGUCUAGCAGAGAUGUGUGAGGGGGAUGUGCGGCCGGGUGGGGCAGUGGGUCUCUCACUUGACCCACUCAUGAAUGGCCACGACAGCCCCCGUCCCACAUUAGGCCGCUCAGAGUCUGAGAUUACUCCUGAUAUGAGGCUUCCCCCAGAAGAUGAAGAUGGUGAUGAUGUUGGUGCCAACUUCACUAACUACAGUGGGGGAACCAGCAGUAGUGGGAGUGGAAUGCGCAGAGUAGCAUCCUGUCCUGACCACAAAGCUAUUGAACGGGUUCCUGAUCCUGUCCAUGAAGUUUGCGAUAUGAAAGUUAAAAUUGCUGACUUGGGUAAUGCCUGCUGGGUUGACCAUCACUUCACGGAAGAUAUUCAGACGAGGCAGUAUCGGUGCCUAGAGGUGCUGUUGGGAGCUGGUUAUGGAGCGCCUGCAGACAUUUGGAGUACAGCCUGUAUGGCUUUUGAAUUGGCAACUGGAGAUUACCUGUUUGAGCCACACAGUGGGGCUGACUAUACACGUGAUGAGGACCAUUUAGCACACAUCAUUGAACUCCUGGGGAAAAUUCCACGCCAUAUAGCUCAGUCUGGCAAAUACUCAAAGGAAUUCUUUGAUAAAAAGGGUGACCUUAAGCAUAUCACAAAGCUCCGUCCAUGGGGCAUGUUUGAGGUGCUGACAGAGAAAUAUGAGUGGCCUGAAGAGGAGGCUCGGGCUUUUAGUGAUUUUCUCAACCCUAUGCUGGCAUUUGACACAUCAGAGCGAGCUACUGCUGGCGAGUGCCUCAAACACCCAUGGCUCAACUCAUGAACACGAGAAGAGCUACAACUGCUCCCUCAGCCCUCUCUCUGGUAGAAAGUCAGUUUGUCUGAUUGGGCCAAGUUACCCAAGCAGGAGAACCACAUGGUAUCAGGGAGCAGUUUCCCAUCCUCUCACUUGACCAUUCACAUAUAUGCACUUCAUUAUGGUGAUCAGCAUCAGGGCAGAUACCAAAGAUGUCUCCAUUAAAUGACAACUGUUAAAGAAAUGUUCCAGAUCAACUCACCUGGUCCUUACCCAGCGUAGUGUCACCAUAGCACAUGAGUGGUCAAUUGAGGCAAGGGUUGAGGGUGGGCAGUGCACAUACCAGGGUUCGCCUAUGGGGUUACCGGCCCCAAUCUUGACCAGAAGUGCUUUUGACUCUUGAUUAUAAAGGACUGAAUUUUAGUUGGUUCAUUCAGCUCUGAUGAUGCAAAGAGACUGAUUGGAGGAACCAGUAAUCUCUGUGCAAGUGUCUUAGUAUGAUGACUGUGUCCAGUGGUUCUGAUGUGAGUGUACAUAAAGACAGAUGGUUGCUAAUCCUCUCAAUGUCCAUGAUAGUACAUAUUGCUGAGAGGGGACAUUUGGAGGAAUCAUAUGUUCUUUUGCUGAUUUAACUGCUCAAACCACAAAUAUUUGUAAGAGGAAGCAGAGAUCCUAUGACUUAUCCUGCAUGAGAAGUGACUAUACAACGUGUAUUCUACCAGCACUGCUGCAGAACUUGGGAUAAUAUUGGUACCAAGGACCACAUGCCCUGAUGACCUGCGGUGUUGUGUCAUCGUGCACAACGGGAUGGCUCUUUUCUAAACAUUCAUUUUAAUAGUUAUGUAAAUAUUGCACCACUCAAUGAAGUUGGUUUCCCAUCAGCCCUGAAAUGUAAAAUGUUGGCUUUGAGAUACUGAUGGAGCAAUUUGGUAGUUUUCCGUAGGUUGGAACACAGAAACUGCAACUCUUCAAGCUACCAUUGAAAAGUUUUGGUUUCUUUUCACACACACACACAUAUAUAUAUAUAUUCAUUUAUUAUCAUAGUUUACUUGCUUUUUUAAAUUAUAUAUAUAUUUGAAGUAUGAGUAAAAACCUUCUUGCUGAAAAAGACACCAGUCAUUUACAGAAUACUGGAACAUAAUUUAUAUCUAUUUUAUGUUUAUUGAAAGGGAGAGGAUCCUUCAAGAUACCAAACGCAUUUUUUUAUUUUAUUUUUUGAGUGAUCUGAAGAUGCAGUAUUGAAACGUACCAACUGUGGAAAUUCAAAUAAAACAGGGCUGGUGUUAUAUAACAUACAAUUAGCCUUGUAGCCUGAUUGCAAUAUUUUGUCCAUCAUUAAAAUUGUAUACUAAAUGCAGGCCCUCCUAGAAGUCAGUAGAACCCUGUCCAGCUGGCUGUAUACCAAGUACAAUCCCUCUACCCUCCCUAUCCCCUUUGCUCUACCUUUUAUCAAUAAACUUCCUCUUACCGCUCGCUGUUUCAGGAUUUAUCUUGAGCAGUGAUGUUACGUCCCCUUUACUUUAUUGAGGCUACUAGGCACUGUGUUUUUCUGUAUAUUUAGCCACAUCUAUAAGAUGUCAUACGUAUGCAUCAGUGAUUAUAUAAUUUAUUUUUACUCAAUUUUAGAUAUGCACCUUUGUUUAGUAGGUUCUUUCAUUGUGACACAACUGUAGCGUUCAUUUAUGUCUCCCCCUUGUGACUCUGUUCCACCAGCCAAUAGUGUUAUCGACGGCAAGUAAUGUGACACCACCACCUGCUCUCCCUGUUUGGCUUCUAUUACGCUAACGCUUUGUGUCGGAUUAACUACAUGUGUUCCAGCAUUGGUGUGGCAUCACAUGGAAAGAUUCUAUGUACAAUGCAAAUAUUGUAUGUAAAAAAAAGUCGAGCAGGGAUGUAGGUGGAGGUGAGCACAGAAGUGGGUCGGGUGGCCUCAACCCUGCUUAUGGAGCGUCUCCCAUAAUCAGGCUAACAUUGUCUUAUAUUAAGAUGCCUCUAACCUUGCCAAGGGUGCAGUAGGCCAACAAAUUUUGUACAUCACACGAAGAAUUUGGGCCUUGCUGCUGUGGUAGACUUGUCCGAUCCUCUGUAUAGCAGGCAUAAUGAUACUCUUGAUAGUAAAGGUGAAGCACACCAGGUUUGUGUUUAAUUUACUACCAGACACAGUCCACUAUAACUAAAAUUUAAAACGUUUUUUAUCAAGAAUUUGUAAUAAAUGUGCACCUUUGACUUCUUUAGUUAUGUUGUAAAUUUUGAAAUUAUAAUUUUUUAUUGUUUGGUGGCCAUACCAAUGUUCUGGAUUUUCCAUGUAAAGUAUUUUUGAAAAUUUGUUUUUAUGUAUAAUGAAACGAGUAAAGGCAAUCCUGUUAUGUACAUUAUUAUUUUCAAAAUAUGACAGUGACAAG